AUGAGUUCUACUGAGAUAAAUAAUAUAUGCUCAAUGUUUCCAGAUGCUGAUCCACUUAUAGUUACUGAACUUUUCAAGGAACUUGGAUCUGCAGAUCGAGUUAUCGAUAGAUUAAUUAAUAACGAUGAAUAUACGAAAUUUAAAUCAAAAAACAAGUCCAAAGAACCAGCACAUGAUCACAAGAACUUCGAGCAAAAACCUCGCAACAAUUUAGACAGACCUUAUCAACACAAACCUCGUUUUGAAGCGAAACAUGUAGAACAACCUGCUGCCGUCAAGAAACCAAAGCAGCCUGUCUUUAGUAGCUCGACUCAAAUGACAUGGGGAGAAAUUAAGGCGGAUAAAGAAGGAAAUCUAAUCGAUGGUAAUGAGAUUAGUACACCUCCAGAAAACCCUCAAGCCAAUGCUCAGAAACCUACUGUUACAUCGAAUGCUACACAAAAUAAACCACAAAUUCCAGUUCCAGAACAGGAAAAUCCAUCCCAGAAACAGACUAGGCUUUUUGCUAUACCUGACAUUGCAAAUACUCAUGCAAAGAUUAAUUUGUUUGGAGAAUUCAGUAGAAGAGGUCCAUCUAAAUUUGCUGCGCAAUAA